AGAAGACUGGAAGGUAGGGCGAGAGAUUGUGGGGCUCUGGACAGGGUCGGAACAUGAAGGGGCCCAGCGUCCUGGCAGUGACAGCCGUGGUCCUUCUCCUGGUGCUGUCUGCGCUGGAAAACUCCAGCGGUGCUCCACAGCGACUCUCUGAGAAGAGGAACUGGACUCCCCAAGCUAUGCUCUAUCUGAAGGGUGCACAGGGCCGCCGCUUCCUCUCCGACCAGAGCCGUAGGAAGGAGCUUGCAGACCGGCCGCCUCCAGAAAGACGAAACCCAGAUCUUGAACUGCUGACUCUCCCAGAGGCUGCAGCCCUGUUUCUGGCUUCCUUGGAAAAAUCACAAAAAGAUGAAGGAGGGAAUUUUGAUAAAAGCGAACUCUUGGAAGACAGACUCUUCAACUGGUGAAAACACACCAGGACACCUUCAAGUGUAGUCCUCGUUGUGAUGGAAACCAGAACCACACGAGGGGCCCGUGCACCCUUCCUUCCACCCGAGAAACCUGCACCUCUAGGUUUAGUCCCAUGGAAAUCCUGGCUGGAACAUUACCACUGGCUGGAACAUCACCAUUGGCUGGAACAUCACCCAUGUCUUACGUAGGCUUGGAUUAUUCAGGGCCUUUCACGUGUCAAGGCUGAGAACUCAGAAAUGUUCUUUCUUCUCCCUGCAGUCAGGCCCUGCUUUGAUUUUGGCCGUUUGUUUUCUUAUCCCAUAAUUCCCUUGCCUUUGGUGCCACUCAGAAGCAAAUAUCGCUGUCCCUCAUCGUCCCAGCCCCAGUGAGAGAGAGGGUGCACCGGGAAGGGAAUGGAUAGGAUCUCCUAGAUAGGAACUCGUCUGCGAGGUCAAAUAAGGAGGGAGGCAAGGAGAAGAUGCCUGAUAAAGCUCCCAUGAAAACACAUCUCUGUCGCUGCUGAAACAGGGCACCAUCCAUGAUGCUGAAACUGCUGGAAGGUCUGUGAAAACUGAGGACCGGGAGCCUCUUUGUGCUCCUAGGACCUAACUGAACUCCACAUAGAAGCUUAGACCUUAAGGUUACUGACACACAAACAGAUGGUGAUGUCAGAGUUUGCUGGAGCACACGGCACACAAAGGUACAAACCAGUUGUUCAGGUUCAGAGGUAGUCCAUCUUCUGUGACUUUGCAUUAAGGUAUUCCCAUGACACAAGUGAGUGCCACAUGCAUGAUUUACCCUUUCCCAUGCACACACAUGCACAGGCACAUGCACACGCACACAGUGAAGGAAUUUGGGAGUGAAAUCCCUAUACCAAGGAGACUAACUUAUUUGGAAUUACAUCUUGAUCACCGUGUGUGUGUGUGUGUGUAUGUGUGUGUGUGUGUGUGUGUGUUUAAAAAAAUAUUCAAUUCAGAGUCAUUAACCAUAAGUGCUCAAGUGACAAAGUAGCGAUACUUAUUGUCCCCAGCUUACAGUUAUUACCUUGAACUAUACAGUAUCUUUAUGUAAAUACCGCUGUAAUCUGAUAUUUUAACUCAACUGUGUUAAAUCAAAACCUAGUGUAUAUGUUUUGCCUGCUUCUCAGUUCAUAAAUAAACAAUAAAACUAUAUUCUAGUUAAUGUA